CGAGUCCAUGAUCACCGGCGAGUCGAUGCCCGUGUCCAAGUCUCCGGGCGACGGGGUCAUUGGCGGGACGGUGAAUCGCAGCGGGAUGGUGCUCGUGCUCGCGACGGGGGUCGGUGCGGAUUCCAUGCUUUCAAAGGUGGUGAGGCUCAUCGAGGACGCGCAGGUGGCCAAGGCGCCAAUCCAGGCGUACGCAGACAAGGUGAGCGCGGUGUUUGUUCCAGCCAUCGUGGUCAUCGCGACCGUUACGUGGGUGACAUGGUUCUCGCUGGCAUCUGCGGGUGCACUGCCGAGCGAAUGGACCGAUGUAGAGGGUGAGUUUCUCUUCUCGUUUUUAUUCGCCAUCACGGUGCUUGUCAUCGCGUGCCCGUGUGCGCUGGGUUUGGCGACUCCAACGGCGGUGAUGGUGGGCACAGGUCUCGGGGCGCGUAUGGGUAUACUCAUCAAGGGAGGGGCACCGCUCGAGACUGCGCACGCGGUGUCUCACGUGGUGUUCGACAAGACCGGGACCCUGACAAAGGGACAGCCGGCGGUGACCGCAGUGCGAGCCUUUGACGCCAUUCGAGCGGACGAGGACCGCCUUUUAUGGCUCGCGGGAAGUGCGGAGACCGGGAGCGAGCAUCCCAUUGGACGUGCCAUCGUCGCAGCCGCGUCUUCCGGCAGGAAGCUCUCGACGAUUCAGGACUUCGAGGCUGUUGCUGGGCGAGGCUUGCGGUGCCGCCUCGUUGAGGACGGGUCAUCUGUUUUGGUGGGUAACGUGAGAUUCAUGUCCGAGAACGGCGUUGACAUGACCCCAGCUAUGCUCGAGGCCGUACGAGAAGAGGAGGAGAAGGGACAGACCGUCGCGGUGGUGCACGCGGGAGUCGCCCAGGGCGGUAAGCCGCUCGGCCUCGUGUGCGUAAGCGACCCGGUCAGACCCGAGGCGUCAGCCGCCGUAGCUGCGCUCACGGGUCGCGGCGUCGGGACUUCGCUCGUGUCCGGCGAUAAUUGGAGGGUCGCCCGCGCGAUCGCAGCGUCCGUCGGCAUCAGGCACGUCGUCGCCGAAGCCCUCCCUGCCGGCAAAGUCGACGCCGUGAGGGAUCUGCAACGCGAAGGGAACAAAGUUGCUGUCGUCGGCGACGGCAUCAAUGACGCCCCGGCGAUGGCCCAGUCGGACCUCGGUAUCGCCGUCGGCGCGGGGACCGACGUCGCGAUGGAAGCCGCGGGAGUCGUGCUGGUGCGAUCCAACCUGCUCGACGUAGUCGCGGCGCUGGAUAUAUCGCGGGUCACGUUCAGGCGAAUCCGUAUCAACCUGUUCUUUUCACUGGCAUACAACUGCCUUGGCGUGCCAAUCGCGGCUGGCGCAUUGUAUCCGCUUAUCCACGCGAGGUUACCGCCGGAGGUGGCCGCUCUGGCCAUGGCGUUGUCGUCAGUAUCCGUUGUGAUGAGCUCGCUAUCGCUGAGGUACUAUCAACCACCGAUCGGGUCACACAGGUCGGAGGUGUUCGAGCCAGCAUCAGCGGUUCUGAUCGAGAUGAAUCGCUUAUAAUCGUGGAGCGUGAAACGUGGCGUCCUGGAAAAUCAUACCUUUGAGAAUGUAGAUUAUCUUGAAUUCCAUCUUCUAAUGGCGCUCU